UGGUGAUUUUCAAUUUCAGCUGGCGUCGUUUUCAGGGGAAGAUGCUGGAGAAGAGUGGCCAGUGGUAGAGGGAGAAGCAAUGGCAGAUACGUGGGUCAGAGCCGCCGUCGACGCCGUCCACUCCAAUCCGACUCAGGCCGUUCUCUACCUUUCCGGCGGCGCUUCUCAGGCCAUAGGAUGGUUACUUUCAGUUCCUGGAGCUUCCGGCACAGUCCUAGAGGCCGUCGUACCUUACUCCAGGCAUUCCAUGAUCCAGUUACUCGGCAAGGUCCCCUCUCAAUUUUGCAGCCUUAAAACUACGGAAGAAAUGGCUUUGCUUGCUUAUAAUCGUGCUCUGAAGCUAUCUAGUCCAGGUUAUCCCGUUCUUGGUGUUGGUUUUACUGGUUCUUUGGCGACCACUCAUCCAAAAUUUGGUGAUCAUAGGAUGCAUAUGUCAACAAGAUCAUCUAACCGGCACUGGGUGUCCACAGUCACACUAUCGAAGGGUUUACGCACGCGGCAGCAAGAGGAGAUACUCUCAGGUCAUCUUUUGCUUAAGGCAAUUGCGAACGCUUGUAAAGUUCCUGGAACCUUCGUUCCAGAUUUGACUCAAUCUGAUUUAUUAGAUGAAUGUGAAACGCUAUUCACUGAGGAUCAAGAAUUAGAGCAAAUUAUAAGGGGGGAAGUUUGCUUUAAGGUUUAUCCAUUUUUAAGUGAGGAAUAUGCAUCAAAUGCAGAAAGAAAAAUAAUUCUAUCUGGUUCCUUCAAUCCAUUACAUGAUGGUCACCUCAAGCUCUUAGAGGUUGCAACAAGCAUUUGUGGUGAUGAUGGGUAUCCUUGCUUUGAAAUAUCAGCCGUGAAUGCUGAUAAACCACCCCUAUCAGUAUCACAAAUCAAAGAUCGUGUUGAGAAAUUUAAAAAUGUUGGAAAGUCAGUGAUCAUAUCUAACCAGCCUUACUUUUACAAGAAAGCCGAACUUUUUCCUGGUAGUGCUUUUGUCAUUGGUGCUGAUACUGCAGCAAGGUUGAUAGAUCCCAAAUACUACGAUGGGGAUUACAAGAAGAUGCUGGAUAUUUUGGUCCGAUGUAAAAGCACGGGGUGCACCUUCCUUGUCGGUGGUCGAAAUAUAGACGGUGUUUUCAAAGUUCUUGAAGAUUUUAAGAUUCCAGAAGAGCUAAGAGACAUGUUCAUCCCAAUUCCUCCAGACAAAUUUCGUAUGGACAUUUCCUCCACCCAAAUCAGAAAACAACUUGGAAAGUGAAAUCCAAUGCUCCAUUUUUAAGGUUAGAAUGAUUAAAAUCUAUUUUAAAAUUAUAGAAUGUACAUGCAGUUGAAAUAGAUUUUUAUAUUGGUGCAAUGAAGGCAUUGUAGAGUAGGGAUAUGUCAUUUUUUUGUAUUCAAGAAUUGAAUUUGCUUGUUUUCGGACUAUACUAAACAUACCCUAUAUGCUAUUCUCAGCAGUGACUGGUGAAGUGUAAAUGGUUUGAAUUUAUUUUGGCUUUUAUAAUUUUCAAAGGUUCUAUUUUGGUA